AUGCUUUCCCAUGUACAUGAUUUUUGGAAGGCAGGCCUCCUCGCCAUUCAUCCCGAAACACUUCGGAUUCGCUGCUUCGUGCCGUCGGAUGUGAUCAGCGAUUAUGACGAUAGGGCGGCCAGCUUCCCAAAGUCAGAGAUUCCAGACAAAUCUUCUCUACGCAUACAUUACGAAGCAUGCGUCUGGGUGAAUAUCACGGCGUGUCUUCCUCGGAUUCCUCUUGAAUUUCCGUCGGCAACUAACAAUGAGAGCAUAUUUCAUGGCACGUUAGAGGAAUCUAUCAAGAAGGCGCAAACGUUUGGGGCCGUGGACGCAACAAUUCAGGAAUACUACUGCACCCAAACAUGCCUGUUAGGAUUGAAGCAUGGCGACAAAUUGGACGAAAAUUGUCCCAACUACCACAUUCAUCAAACGUUUCGGAGAUUCAAGGGCUCAUUACAUCCACUAGAUGGUCGGUCUUUCACUCUGCUCGUUCAGAGACAGCUGGAGGUCGACCAAAGCCUGUUCUGUCAUCAGCCAACAGUUUCGGUCAAGGGACAUCACGCGGAGUUCUUCAAAAUCACCCUGGCAGGCUUCGGGUAUACGUUUUGCGCCAAAGGGGUGGCUGUCAGCGACCAGCACAGGCUCGUGAAUGAGUAUAUCAUGUAUCAGCACAUGAAGGAUCUCCAAGGUGUAUGCGUGCCGGUGUGCCUGGGACUGUUCGCCUUGCAGCGACCCUUUGGGAGUCACAACAUCAGUGGUCUGGAGAUCACACAUUUGCUUUUAAUGUCUAACGCGGGAGCAUCUGUUGAGGAGAACGGCCCUGGGGCUGAGACACACAACAUGCCAUCGGAGGACAUCCUGGAGUUAGAAUCUGGGCGUACAAUGAAUGAAAUCAGGAGCACAGGGGUCGACCGUUAUGACCGACGUACGAAGCAUCUGUACUGGAACGCAGAGCGUAAGCGUGUCUUCUACAUCGACUUCGAGAAGAACAAUCUCAUAGCCGAAUCCGACGGUGAUGCUGCCAGUGGCUCCAUUUCAACAGGGAGUAAGUCACCUGCAGGGGCAGACGGAUAA